AUGCUACCGAUUCGAAGCCUCCUUCUUUUUUACUUCAUUUAUUACGGGCUUGCACUAAAAAUAAUCUACGAAGCAAGGGUUGGCGAACGGGUUAUUCUUGAUCACGGACCAAGUGUCCGCACUUGGAAACGUAUUCGUUCUGAAGAAAUGGAUGAAUUCAUUAAGCGCUGCCCAGGCAACGAAAAGGGGGCGAUUUGCCACGGAUUUGUUGAUGAGGACGGUUUACCAGCUAGCCCAGCGACCAGUGCUUAUGUUGACCCAGAUGGCUACCUAAUCAUUGAGCCAUUUGUGGCGACGGACGCCGGUCUGUACUGGUCGCCGAAACAAAUACCAUGGAUGGCACGGAACAUCCGAUACAAAGCUCCUUCACGGACGUUCUUCUCUCUCGAAGUGAAGAAAUAA